AUGGGAGACGAGAGGGUGAAGAAUGAAGCGAUGGAGAUAAUGGGAGUGUUUCAGGUGCUUCCUCGCCUUGUCGUCUUCGACCUUGAUUACACCCUUUGGCCUUUCUACUGUGAAUGUCGCUCCAAACGUGAAAUGCCAUCCAUGUACCCACAUGCCAAAGGUAUUUUGCAUGCGCUUAAGGACAAGGGUAUUGAUGUUGCUGUUGCCUCGAGAUCACCGACAGCUGAUAUAGCCAACACAUUCCUUGACAAAUUGGGGAUCUCAUCUAUGUUUGUUGUAAAGGAAAUAUUCUCCAGCUGGACUCAUAAAACUGAUCACUUCCAAAGAAUAAAUCGGAGGACUGGUGUGCCAUACAAUGCAAUGCUCUUUUUUGAUGACGAAAAUCGGAAUAUAGAAGCAGUCUCAAAGAUGGGAGCUACAAGCAUACUGGUGCGCAAGGGGGUUAAUCUUGGAGCUUUCAGGGAGGGACUCACCAAGUUUUCUCAAAAUUUUGCUUCUGUAGAACGGAACAAGAAGAAAUGGAGAAAAUUUUCACAGAAACCAGAAUCAUCUGAGAACGAGGAGGAAUGA